CACACUAAAGCAACUUGGAAUGGAGGUUCACGUGUGUUGCUUGAUGCGGGGAAGCUCCUUCCUUUGCGCACCUUGAUAAGCUCCGAAACACUGCCGCUUCCACCAAUCCAAGAUAGUUGAGACCAGACGUUGUCUCGCAUGGCUUUCUUGCCACUUCGACUGCCAGACAAUAACAUCCUCCCUCAAUUGUGCUCGCUGGCUGCUGUUGUCUGUCUUUUGUCUUUUACCCCGUCUUCUUCAUCAUAGUAGCUAAGGAUUAUAGUAGCCAAGAGCUCUUCUUUAUAGCUGCACUGAGCUCUGUCCAUCAUGGGUGUUGAACAAUCAAAGCUACCUGUCGAGCAGCACCGCGAGAAGGCGCUAGCUCGCCGACCUCACCACGACCACGACCUGCUCAACUCUGACGAUGAUUACGUACAUAUUGACGAGAAACAAAUAGGCGGCGGCCCUCAGCUCGCCCGAGAUGCGGAGGAUUUGCCUAUUUCCCAGAUGGCAGACUGGCAGAGUUCAAUUCUUGCUGAUCCAAAGAAUAGACUCGCCCUUACUGCACUGUCUGCAUACCAGCCUAAGGAGCUGCUGAUGAACCGGAGACUCACAAGCAAUGACCUCCAUGUCUUCAACCUCAAGGUUCCGUUUGAGGGUGGCCCUAUAACGAACCAGAGGAGCUCCGGAAGAUGUUGGCUCUUUGCAUCCACGAACGUCUUCCGUGUGGCAAUUAUGCAAAAGUACAAGCUUGAUGCUUUCGAGUUGUCACAGAACUACCUCUUCUUCUGGGACAAGCUGGAGAAGAGCAACUAUUUCCUCGAACAGGUGUUAGAUACGGCAGACAUGGAUCUCGACUCCCGUCUGGUACAAACUCUGGUUCAAGCUCCCCUGAGCGAUGGAGGACAGUGGGAUAUGGUCGUAAACCUGGUGAACAAGUACGGGCUGGUACCUCAGGUUCUUUAUCCCGACACCUUCAACGCAACCGCGUCCUCAACGAUCAAUAGCAUUGUAUUUAGCAAGCUGCGUGAGGAUGCCCUGAUCCUCCGCAAGAUGAUGCGCUCUCCCAAAACGACCGCCGAGCAGCUCUCGCACACCAAGGUCAAGAUGGUUAAGGACAUUUACACGGUGCUGACACUCACACUCGGCCCUCCACCCUCGGCUACGGAAAAGUUCACGUGGACCUUUGCAGACAAGAACGGCAAGGCCCGCGAGGUUCAGACCACGCCGCUUGAGUUCGCCAAGGACAUCUAUAGUGCCGAGUUCCGCGUGACGCACUCGACCAUCACGAACAUGGUGUCGCUGGUGAACGACCCCCGCAACGACUACAUGAGGUUGCUGACCGUGGACCGACUCGGCAAUGUCGUGGGGGGCCGUGGCAUUACUUACAUCAACGUAGCCAUGGAAAAACUCAAGUCGGCAUGCGUAGCCAUGCUCAAGGCCGGUCAGCCAGUCUUUUUCGGCUGCGACGUCGGCAAAUUCAGCAACACGGCCCUCGGAGUGAUGGAUCUUGACCUGAUCGACUAUGAGCUCGGUUUCAACGUUGGGGUGCUCGGAAUGUCCAAGGCCGAUAGGUUGCGGACGGGCGAGAGCGCAAUGACCCACGCAAUGGUUCUCACGGCGGUACACAUCGAUGAAAAGACUGGCAAGACCGUCAGGUGGCGUGUCCAGAACAGCUGGGGCGAGGCCGCCGGUGAAAAGGGUUGGUUUGUUAUGAAGGAUUUGUGGAUGGACGAGUUUGUGUACCAGGCAGUCGUCGAUGUCCAAGUCCUCUCGAAGGAGGUCAAGGAUGUGCUCAAGCAGAAGCCAGUUGAGCUUCCGCUGUGGGAUCCUAUGGGAGCACUGGCUUGAUAUCUUCCUAAUGCCUGGCUCUUUACACUUUCUUUCCAGUGCUGUUCUGCUUAUUUUGGAUUCCGUCGCAUUAGCUGACGACUUACCGGCCUGUUUUAUAUAUAGUUUCUAUAUGGGGCGUGGUCAUUAUGAAUCUGGUUUUUGGAUAUGGUUUUGGAUUGUUUUUCAUGAACUUAACAAUGGAAUGCAUUGCAUCCUUUCUGCACGAUCCUCGUAGAUGGUGCUUAGAACUAGUAUGUGCAUGACAUUGCUACCAUACCUACCUACGAUUUCUUAUAUCCUUGGCACAGCUCCUGAUAUCCUAGUGCUCUUCAAUUCUACGUGUCUUUGUUGCUG